AUGAGCAAAUGUGAAUUAAGUGGGCGAGGACAUUCCGUGGCCAAAGCGUCAGCAUCCGCCCCGUCCUCUACUACUCCCCCAACAUUGUUAUCUUCAUCUUCAUCCUCAAUACCACCAACCUCAUCAUCAGUGUUACUUCCAUCAUCCUCAUCAACGUCAUCAUCAACAUCAUCAUCAGCAGCACCAACGUCAACAUCAACAUUAGCAAUUCCUGGAGCUAAUUGCGCGGCGCCAUCAUCACCAACAUUAUUGGUUACUGAAAAUGAUGGUGGCAAAAGCGCUAGUGGUACUUCCACCCACUAUCAUCAACAUUCUGGGCGGAUACUUUGUGAUGGAUAUUUAAGGCUUAUUGAAAUAUUACGUGUCAAUAUCGCUCAACUCCGGAACUUACCCAUCCGAAAUAAUCAUAAUAGUAAUGGCAAUAAUAGCAAUUAUAUCAAUAACAACGAUUAUACUCGACCAAUAACAGUUUUAUCACGAUUAGAUACUGUCAAUAUUUUUCAAUCAACAUCAACUGCUAAUGGAAAUACAUGCUGUUUUGGCGAUGAUUUUGUUCACGAAAUUUCGAGUGCUUUUUCACAGUUGCAUUUUUUGAUUAGCGAAAAUGUGGGUAAUCGCUUACCGCGACAAAUUGGCUUAGUGAGUAUACGAAAACGUGAUAUUGUUAAACACUCCGGUGAAGAUCGCUGGUAUCGAAUACAAGCUGUCAGUAGACAAAAUGAUAUUUCUGGACAAAUUUGCAUUGAUGUACGUUGCGAACCAACCAGAAAAUGUCUCGCUGUAAAGGUAGUAGACUACACGGGAUUAAAUAUAUGCGAACCAGCAGAUCUAUAUUUACUGGUAACACUACAGGUGGCAACACGAAUUGUGCAGUCCAAAAAGUUAAACAUUGGCAUUAACAGAGAAAGCGCAGAAACAUUGUUUAUGGAAUGUGAUAGAACGAUCCUCGACGAUAAUCAGAGGACACAACGAGUACAGUUGCGAAUGUCACUUUGGCAUGAUAUUUUACCAGGUUUUAAUAGUUAUUUUCAAGGACAAAUACGCAUCACUCUCGAUGACGAUAUCGUUGAAAAGGGAUCUGUUGGCCCUCAAUGACGAUAUGGUUAA